GUGAACUUAUUCACAAAGUUUUGCGCAGUACAUCAAGCAUCUUCACGUGCCGAAUUCUUAAUGUUUGGCGCAGUAUCGUACUGGUGAUAAAAAAAUUUCAAGGCGUUUUUUUUUAUUGCGCAAUGAGAUACCAUUUUAAUCUGCACAGGAAUUUCAUUUCAAACUUUGCGUUUUUUUACUCGCGAGAUGAGAUAAGGGUCGAACUAGGACUUUCAUUUCAAACUUGGCGUUUUUAAUCUCCGCAGAUAAGGUCGAAUUAGGAAUUUCAUUUCAAACUAGAAUUAGGAACUUGCUUUAAUGAAUCGGGAAUCCCUAAUCUCUGUAACAUUAAUUAUAGAUAAUCUAUAAAAGAUUAUGAGUCACAGCGCCAGAUGUGAUUAACAAUAAAGAUAGGGGCAAGGGCUAUAAAUACCAGCAUUUUUAACUCUUCUCAUAAUAUUAGGUUCCUAAACUCCAUAACUCUUAAUAAUCAAAGAAAAGAAACAAAAUUAUGACAACCCCAAACUAUACCACAAAUUCAAAAUCCAAUUCUAAAGCAAAUGGAGUUGUGAGAGGUGCAUACGGAACUCAGCUUCCUCUUUCUUCUGUGACGAAGUCUAGUGAAAAACCGAAAAAAGCAACAUCGUCAGUUAUCUUUACCUCCAAACCUGUUCCUAGUGAAAAAAAAUCGAGGUAUCCGUAUACAUCGUCAGGUUCUGGUAACGUUACCUUUACCCCCAAACCUGAUAAUUCUUCUUCCAACUCUAACAGAUGAAGACAGUUCCAAAUUGUUAAUAUACGGAAGAAAAUUUUGUUUAUUGAAACAUGAAUAUUUGUAUUUUUUUUUUAUAAUUAGUUAUUAUGUGUACUUUUAUUAUAUAGUUAUUAUGUAAUUUCAAUAAUCAAUUACGACUAUUAGGAUUUUUUUAUUUAUACUAAUAGAUUUAGGUUAUUUACUGCAUGUUACAUUUAUGAAUAACUUACCGUAACAUCUAUCAAAUGUAUUAGUCUUGGAUUUAUUGAAAUAUCAUAAUAAAGUAUUAUCUUUCUUGUUUAAUAUGUGU